GAACCGGGGGGGGGGAAUAGGUCCCCACAAGCACCCACACACUGGGAGAGGGGUCCCUGCUGCACUGAGUUCUGUAGCCCCCCCAGUGGAGAUCUCAGCCCUCUGCUUUGUGGGUGCCCCCUGAGACUAAGACCAGGGAUCCUUGCAGGCCUGGAGCUGUGUGGACCUGGGGGAGGGGCAAGCCCAGCCUCACAGAUCCUGGCAGGGGAAACUGAGGCACCAGUGGGGGAGAUGGGUGGAGUGCAUAAGGAGGUGGCAAAGCUGGGGUAGAACCCAGGAGUCCUGGCUCCCGGCUCAUGUCCCUCUCCCUUCCAUCUGCUGCGGCCAGGGCUGGAGGGCCAGGGGAUUGUGGGCCAGAAGUGAGGGGCGCUGGUGGUGCUCUGUAUGACAUGUCCUCCAUGAUGGGACCCUUGUCACCCAGGGCUUCCCACGCAGAAUAGGACCCUGCAAGCCCUGUCUGACCUCCCCCACUCAUGGGGAACCUGGCGCACUUGUCCAUUGCCAGGGGGCUUCAGUAUCUCCCCCUCCCGUGGAGGCACCCUGGGAAUGUUCUAGGCACACAGGGCCCCCAGGCAGCUGCUCCGGGAACGAUGCUAGGGGAUGAGGGUCCCUCAAGGUGGGAGCUGGGGGGACGUUGCUGGAGAGCACAGGCAGCUCCAGGCUGCUCUCCGGUCCUGGAGCCCCCCAUGGAGACCAUACUGGUGCUGGGCUGAGGGGCAUGGCUGCCUUAUUGGCUGGCGAGGCCUGGAAGGUGGCACAGAGGUGCUGUCUGCUCCUCUACUUCCGUCCCUGCCUGGAUCAGACUGUGCAUUCAGCCCAGCCCCUGAGGCCUGGCCUCCGUCUGGCCUGGGACCAAGAACCGGAGGUGGGAGGCAGGGCCAGGCCAGGCCAGGCCAGGACGGAGGCUUAGCAGGGCAUGGGGCCCCCCUCAGCACCCAGGCCAGAGGAGUCAAGGGCAGGAGCGGAAAGCCUGUCCUGUAUCCUGCGCAUAGGGGGAGCCCUGCUCCGGGGGUUCAUCCUCACCCUCUUCCAGCAGAGCCCUGGCACCCGUCCGGUGACCUUCCAAGAGCUGGGGGGUGAGAUCACCCCAACCGAGCCCCCAGUCACCUCCCUGCUGGAGGGGCUGCUCCAGGUCUGGAGAAGCAUGAGCCAAAAUUCUGAGAUUGACAGUCUGGUAGACAUGAUGUCUGGGCAGCCCCCACUGAAGGCACUAGCCCAGGUGGCAGAGGAAGUGUUUGCUGACAGCAUCAACUGGGGAAGGGUCGUGGUUUUCUUCUAUUUCACAUACAGAGUCACCUUCCAGGCUCUGAGCAGCUCUGGCUGCCUCCGGGCUGUGGUUGACUGGGCCCUGGAGUUUCUGCGGGAGAGGAUCACUGGCUGGAUCCAGCAGCAGGGGGGCUGGGACUCAGCCCUCACCUACCCCCUUGCCUCUGACUAGGGGUGUGGGGGGAAGCAAGGAGACCCCCACCUGCUCCAUGGCACUGAACCAUGGACCCAGCUGUGCAGAGAGAAGGGGGGAGGGGUCAGAGUCUCAUCACACCUCCUCAAGAAACAAGCAGGAGAGAGCAAAUAAAGGAGUGGUGGAAAACUG